AUAUGGCCGGGCGGAGAACGACAAUAAUUUCCACUUCGACUUCGACCCGUGGGCGCCGAAUCUGCGCAGGUACCCAGAGGUGGCGGACGAGCCCGUCUACGAGACGGAGCUGCGGGCCGGAGAUCUGCUCUACAUCCCAGGCGGAAGCCCACACGCCGUCAUAAACCUGGAGGACAACCUUGGAGUCUCCAUGAACUUCUUGGACCUCAAGACGCUGCCCUCCUUCGCGAAGAACUGCGGGCCGGGCUCUCCGCUCUGCGGCAUCAUCUCCGGGAAGGGCGACCGGGUGAUCGAGGAGCUCGAGGCAGAUCUCAAAGCCAUGGCGGUGGUGGACUCCGCAAGCCGCCCGGCGCCCGAGUUCCUGAAGCGGAUGGCACAGGCGAACCAGAACAUCAUCUGUACAGCGAGGGGCGACGACGUGCGCAAGGUGGACGUUGCCCACCUGCUGAGCCGCGGGCUGAGGAUACCGAUCUUCCAGCGGCGCUACUGCUGGGCGGGCGACAACUGGAGGACGCUGCUCGACGACGCGCGCCUGGUCGCCUCGGGCCGCAAGGACCCUGGACGGGGCGCUCCGCACGGUGCUCGUACCAGCGCCGUCCGCACGGUGGUGUGGAGCCCCACGCGAGGACCUCCUGCGCCGAAUGCUCACUGGGGGCAGUACGCGUAG